AUGGAUGAAGAUCGACAAAAACAGGUAAAGGAAUGUGAAAACUUCGGACCUUUUAUAAAGACAUUUUUAGACAUUUUAUCAAAAUUAAUCAAGCUUAAGUCAGAUACGGAAUGCACGGUGUUUGUUCUAUGGUUAAAACAUUUCCUCGAUCAGAGAUCAAGGUCGGUACUUCCUGGAUACUUGUCCAAAUAUCAGAGUGAUUGGCAAGCUCUGAAGACUGAAAAAGACAACCAAGAAGAUGGAACUGUUAUAAAAAGAUGUAAAGAAGAAUUGACAAAGAGUGAAUUAAAACUUGCUGAAGCCUCGUUUGGAUUUGAACAUUUAUGUCACGAAAUGGGUCAAAUAUUUGAAUCACUAAAUCAAUGUAAACCUGAUCAUGUUGAUGCCAUCAACCUGCGAAAAUUAGCAGAAACGCUUCCUUUAAUAACAGCAAAACUGCUGGUCAUGGGACAACCAUUUGAAAUAAUGGACGGUGAUGUCUCUAACAUACCUUUGUGUUGGGUAAGAGCUGUUCUGGAAAGGUUAAGAGAAAUGUUGGGAGACAAACGGCUUUUAGCAUUGUCGGUGUUAGGUAUUCAAGGUUCUGGAAAGUCCACACUUCUGAAUACAAUGUUUGGACUUCAAUUUGCAGUAAGUGCCGGUAGAUGCACCAGAGGUGUUUUUAUUCAGUUAGUACCAGUAGAGAUAGACAACUCAAAAUUUGACUACAUUCUCGUUAUUGAUACAGAAGGCCUUAGAGCCCCGGAGUUAGCCAAUCAGAAACACAGCCAUGAUAAUGAAUUAGCAACUUUUGUUAUAGGUCUUGGUGACAUUACAAUUGUCAAUGUUAAGGGCGAAAAUGCAACUGAAAUAAAAGAUGUUCUACAGAUUGCUGUUCAUGCUUUCCUCAGGCUAAAAUUAACCAAUGAAAAAUUGAAUUUGAAAAAGACCUGUGUUUUUGUUCACCAAAAUGUAUCAGCAUCGGAUGCUAACGAUAGAAUGAUGCAAGGUAGACAAAAAAUUGUAGAAGUUCUUGAUGAAAUGACAAAAGAAGCGGCGGAACAAGAAAAUAUUGCUGAUAUACAGUCAUUCAAUCAAGUUAUAAAUUUUGAUAGUGAAAAAAAUGUCUGGUAUUUUUCAGAUCUUUGGCACGGUAAUCCGCCAAUGGCUCCUACCAAUCCUGGAUAUAGCGAAAGUGUGAGCACAGUCAAGGAUUCAAUCCUUUAUAAGCUAACAUUAGGAAGAGAUACGUAUUUGACAAUCACAGAUACUAUUUCGCGAAUAGAAGAUCUUUGGAAUGGUAUUCUGAAAGACGAUUUCGUUUUCAGUUUUCGUAAUAGCCUUGAGCUAAAGGCAUACAAUAGCAUGGAUCAACAAUGUCAAACUAUCACAUGGAAAUUAGAAAAAUACGUUCUAGAAUUCAUAAACUCAGAUGCAAAAAGUGAACUUGUCAAUUGUAAGAAUGAGUAUGCCCUCGAAAAUGCAGUUCCAAGCAUAAUGAUGCAACUUACAAAAGAAGUUGACAAACAAGUUAAAGAUUUUAACAUUGAAAUUGACUCCUUUGUUGAAGAAAGUACUCUCAAAGACAUUAUGAUCCAAUGGAGACAGGCCAAACGAAACAGAAUUUAUAUACUUGCAGAAAGUCUCAUUAUCAAGGCAAAAUCAGCUUUAGCUCUUGAAAUGAAAGGACAGGUACCAGAUGACAUUGUAUUGACAGAGAAAUUUAACAGCCUCUGGAUUUCAUGGAUUAAUAAGUUUGACACGAAAGACAUUAGGGAUAUCGUUCCUAUUAAUAAACAAAUAGAAACAUUGCUGUGUGAACUGUUUCCAUCAGUUGCAGGAUUUAUAGAUGAAUCAAUAGAUGAAAAACUGCAUUUACCAGAAGAAGAGGUCUAUCAAAACAUGAAACAACUUGAGGGAACUUUAACUAGAAAUUAUAUAUCAAAUAAGAAACAUCUUAGUAUUCAUAAAUUGGUGGUCAGGGUUUUGAGGCGAGAGCCGUGCGCAGAUACGUGUAAAAAACAAGCAAUCGAUUUAAGCAACAAGAUAUUCAGAAAAAUUGAUCUAAAACUAGUAGAAAUUAUAAAGGAUGGCAUUAGAUUUGACCCGUCAUACGUCAAAGAAAUGUUUUACAUUGUGUCGCAGGAAAUCAGUGACUUUAAUCUUCACACCAACAAUGAUUAUACGUUCAACUUGCUUGCACCAUUUCGUGCAAUGAUACUAUAUCAUAUUGUUCGAUAUGCAAAAGUCUUUUUUACAAAAAUGCAUGACGCUUAUAACAAAAAGAAUAGUCCAAAAGCACAAAUGGAAGAAUAUAAAGGUACAGCCUGGGCGCUGUUCAAAAAUACAGUUGAAGAUAAGACGGAAGAUGUAAUUGCCUUAGGAUUUUUCAAAGACGCCAUAGUAAAAGUUAUAUUAGAUGAAGUAUCGGAAUUACUUCCUAUUGAUGCUCAAGAAAAUAUCCAAAUUCUUUUUUCAAAUGGAAAAUACAGUUUGAUUAAAGAUAUUCUUAUUCAUUUGGCUAACACGGAUGACUUUGAAGAAUACAAAUCAUAUAUCCAGGAUCCGCAUACAUUUGCCCAGAAAUGGAUAGUCAAGUUAUUAGGGAGGAAACUAUUUAAAGAAAAACAUGGGAAGGAAUGUUUAUAUACUAAGUUGGCAAAAAGUCGAGUAUCAAGAAUAAUUUUGCAUAUUUCAAAAUGCAUUGCAGAUACAACAGAAGAAUGUAUAUCACGCGGAAAAUCAAUCUGCAUAGCUGAAUGGAUUAAUUUAUUUUUACAGCAUAACUGCAAAGCCUCAUAUCUACCCCUGUUAAACGAUGUCUUCGUUCAUGUACGAGAUAGGAAAAUAUCCAAUGUAGAUACUUUCACCAUUAUGUUAAAAGGGGAACUUCCUGUAAUUGAAAGUAAAGUGAUGAGUAGGUUUUCAGAUGUUGAAGAGAAUAAUGUUACAUUGAAGAGUAAUCCCGUUCCACUUAUUAUGGAUAAUCUCUGGGGAUGUUCUGAAAUUUGCUUUUUAUGCAAAGAACCAUGUAUGAAUACCAAUAAAAAUCAUUGGGAAGACAGAAUCCCUCAUGAAUGUUUACAACAUCGGCCAAAUGGUAUAGGUGGUGUUCGACUCAAAGCUUCUCGUGAGCUAGUUAUUGAAUCCUGUAAUUAUCUUGUUUCAACAAACCUUCCAUAUACUAUCAAUAGUACCCAAAAAAGUGGAAACUUGAGAGAUUACAAACGAAAUUUCCCUGAUUGGGACAUCCCACCAAAUUCCGAUGUGUCAUUGUAUUGGAUAUGGGUGAUUACUAGAUUUCGAGAGCAACUCAAGGAGAUGUAUGAUUCGGAAGAGCCAAUAAUACCUAAAUAUUGGAAGUCGAUUUCAAAGAAAAGAGCACUAGAUAGUCUGUAG